UGGUGGGGUUUACUUGUGUUGAACCAAUCUUGCUUGUGAAAUCAUUGUGUUUAUAAUAGUGGUAUAUAGUGUGUUGUGUGUAAACCAAUUGGGUAUAUUUUGUGUUGUGUUAUUAGGAGAACUGUGAAGAUAACCUACAGUAGAAAAUUAAAAAAAAUGGCUGCUGUUACAUCAAAAACUUUGAAAUUGGCUAAUGGUUAUACUAUCCCGGUUGUCGGUUUGGGCACUUGGCAAAGCAAACCAGGUGAAGUUCAAGCUGCUGUAGAAGCUGCUAUAGAUGCUGGCUACCGUCAUAUAGAUUGUGCAUAUGUGUAUGGCAACGAAAAAGAAAUUGGUGAAGCAUUGAAAAAGAAGAUUGACGAGGGAGUUGACCGCAAAGAAUUAUUUAUCACUUCCAAACUUUGGAAUACAAAACAUGCUGCUGCAGAUGUUCGUCCAGCAUUACUGCAAACCCUGAAAGACCUUCAACUUGAUUAUCUUGAUCUAUACCUUAUUCAUUGGCCAAUUGCUUGGCAACCUGGAAAUGUUGUCUUUCCUAGAGAUGAAUCUGGAGCAUUGAUAUACUCCGACAUUCAUUACAAAGAAACAUGGCCAGAAAUGGAAAAAGCAGUAGAUGAUGGCUUAGUUCGCAGUAUUGGAUUGUCUAAUUUUAACAGUCAGCAAAUUGAUGAAGUUGUUAAUAUGGCACGAAUCCAGCCAACAAUGUUACAAGUUGAAGUCCAUCCUUACCUUGUUCAGAAUGAGCUUAUUAAUCACUGCAAAAAACACAAUAUGUUAGUAACUGCUUUUAGUCCACUUGGUUCACCUGAUCGACCUUGGGCCAAACCUGGAGAGCCUUUACUUUUAGAAGAUCCUAAGUUGAUUGAGAUUGGAAAGAAAUACAAGAAAUCACCUGCACAAGUUUGUAUUCGAUAUCAAGUACAGCGAGGUCUGUCUGUGAUACCAAAGAGUGCACAGCCAGAAAGAAUUAAGCAAAAUGCAGAUGUGUUUGAUUUUGAGCUCAGUGAAGAAGACAUGAAGGUAAUAGAGUCAUUCAAUAGACCUUGGAGAGCAUGCAAGCCAAUGAUUGAGCGUGAUGGUGUCAUGGUUGAACGUGAUGCUCACCAUUCACUUUACCCGUUUAACAUCCCUUAUUAAAAAAAAAUGUAGUGAGAUAUAGAUAAUUUUUAAAAUUGUUGUUGUAACCAAAUUUUUUACAAAGCCCAUGUUAGUAUAAAAUUAUAAAAACUUAGGAUAACGUAAAAAUGUUUAGCUUCGGAGAAAAUUGUUGUGUUUCUUUUCUUUUCAAAGGUAGAAAGAAAAGUUUUUUAUCAAGCAAUGCUAAAAGAUUGUGCUAACAAAAAAGCCUUUUAACUUUGUGCACUAUAGCGGAAAAUGCAUUUGAUAGGGUCAAUUUUAGUGCUGCUGUUAAAUUCCUCUUGCCUAACAAACCAAUUUUUUUUCAAAGUGGAACCCAAUGCUUUUGUUACUGUAAGUGUUUCUCUUAAUGUAACAUUUGAUAAUAUGUCAGCAAUAUUUUGUAAGUAUUUGGUAUCAAAUAUUUUUUGUAGUAUAUCUGCCGUAGAAGAAGUAGAAGAAAUAUAUCAAUAAAGAUAUUUUUUCUCUGA